CACAAAAAGAAGAUCAGGUCAAACAGGUCCCUCUAGUGAAAUUGGAAAAAAGAAAAAAGUAUGUACCAGUUAAAGAGAAAGUUGGGCCCCAAACAACAAACAUACUUCCCAAGCCCAACCUUCCACACAACCUCAACUGGGCUAAAAUAACCACACAUCCCAAUCAGGCUCAGGAGACUUAUCUACUACUAAGAUAAUUAAAAAGUCCACAACUACAGACUCUAUAACAACACCAGAUAUCACCCCAACCCAUACAAUUAUCAACAUCCCCCACCCUUGUCCCUCACAAAAAUCACAGAUGAACUCAUCACUUCAAUCAGGAGCUGACCAACAAAAUCCUGCUACAAUCGGAAAACCACCCGACAAAACAAACACAUUCAAUAUGAAACCAAUACUCAAAAUUCAAGGAGGUAACAGAAAGGGGAGUCUACAACAAACAUCCCCGAUGGAAAAUGUAAUCCAAACCUUUGUUUCUCCGGUGCUAGAUGAGCAGAACACAGAGAUGCAUGAUGCUUCCUGCUCCGACGCCGAGAACGAGGACUUGCCUGGGGGACCCAGAGGAUAUCACAAGCCCGUGGAUUGUCUUGGGCGACUUCAAUACAAUCACAGGGAGCCAGGACAAACUAGGGGGUCGUCAAAUGGUUGUGCAAAUUUCAGAAGCUGGAUUUCAGACAAUAAUAUGGAGGAUCUUGGCUUCAUCGGGUCCAGGUUUACUUGGAAAAGAGCCCUAUGCAAUGAACAUUACCAAUGUCAGAUUGAAAAGACAACAGUGAGACAUCUUUCUCGGUUUGCGUCAGACCAUAAUCCGCUAUUGAUCACCACUACGAUGAGCUCAACCAUGCAUAAUAAGAAGCCAAACUUUAGAUAUCUUGUAGCAUGGGAGGCUCAUGACUUGUGGUUAGAAUGGUUACAAAGGAAUUGGAAAUCUGAACUACCACUACAAGAAGCUCAAUCUGCUUUAAUUGUUGCAUCAGAAGAAUGGAAGUUUCAGGUUUUUGGAAACAUCAUCGCAAGAAAAAAGAGGCUUAUAGCAAGCUUAGAUGGAGUUCAAAAGUCUCUAUAGAAGUACCUACCAACAAAAUAAAGGCUUUAGAACGUCAACUGAUGGAAGAAUAUGAAUGCACACUAACACAAGAAGAUCUGCUCAGAGUUCAAAAGUCCAAUUCACUAUGGAUCUCCCAAGGUGAUAGGAACACAAAGACUUUUCAUGCAGUCCACAAAAGAAGAAUCCACAAGUAGAGAAUCAGGAAGCUACAGCUGGAAGAUGGCUCAUGGUGUAUAGAUUCGAAUAUGCUUAGUCAAAAAGCAACAAAUUUUUUCCAAGCAGUAUAUACGGAGGAUGUCACGGAAGAUGUAGACUAUCACAUUAAAGGCGAUUUCCCCCAAACUCUUACAGAGACAGAAGCAACUUUUGAGUCAAUAAGUAAAUGAUGAAGAAAUCAAAAAAGCCGUAUUCGAAAUGGGUCCAUUUAAAGCUGCAGGACCUGAUGGUUUCAAUGCAUGUUUCUACCAACACAAUUGGAGCAUUGUUGGUAGUGUAAUCAAGAUGGUCAAGGAUAGCUUCGCACACAAGCAAAUUGAUUCUGAGCUCAAUAAGGCAGUUGUGGUACUCAUUCCAAACCUCAAUCCUCCAGAAAGAUUUCAACACCUACGACCCAUUAGUCUAAUCAAUGUGAAUGUUAAGAUCGCCACAAAGGUCGCUGAAACAAGUAAUGAAACAACUUGUUCUACCUACACAGUCAAGUUUUAUUGUUGGUCGGAGUAUAGUAGACAAUAUCAUCGUCACCCAGGAAGCAGUCCAUACUAUGAGAAAUGCAAAGGUAACAAAAGGAUGGAUGGCGUUGAAGAUUGACCUAGCAAAAGCCUUUCAUAAAGUUAGCUGGAGGUUUAUUCACGACACCCUUAUUGAUGCUGAUCUCCAUGUCUACUUGAUUGACAUCAUAAUGAGUAUUCUUCGUACCGGAUCAACUAGUAUUGCAUGGGAUGGUAUACCCGGGGAUAAUUUCUUUCUAGAAAGAGGUGUUCGUCAAGGCGACCCCGUUUCUCCAUACAUUUUUGUUUUAUGUAUGGAGAGACUCGUGCAAGCAAUCAAUAAGGCAGUUGCACAGGGACAAUGGAAACCUUUGUUCUUUGGAAGGAACGGGGUGAAACUUUCUCAUCUCUUCUUCACGGACGACCUUAUAUUGUUUGCUGAAGCUUCUAAGGAACAAGUUCGAGUCAUCUCCAGUAUCUUAGAGGCUUUUUGUGAGUUUCAGGCCAAACCUUAAGCAAAGAAAAGUCUAUUAUCUACUGCUCACCGAAUGUAGAUGCGCCAUUUGCAAAUGAGUUAAGCAGGGAUAUGGGGAUCCAGUUGAUAAAUGAUCUUGGUAAGUACUUAGGUGUGCCAAUUAUAUAUGGAAGGGUCAUCAGGAAAACAUACAAAUAUAUUGUCGAAAAAGUGGACAAGAAAGCAGAUCAAUGGAAACCUGAAAGAAUUUCCAUGGCAGGGAGAUUGACCCUCGCCCAAUCAGUCUUGGGUGUUAUCCCAACUUAUCUCAUGCAAUCAACAAUGUUACCGAAAGGAAGAAGUGACGACAUAGAUAAAAUUUGAAGACGGUUUCUUUGUGGAGCUAAGAAAGAUGAAAAGAAAAUGAAUCGAGUUAAUUGGGAUUCCAUAUGUCAACCGAAAGGGCGAGGAAGACUGGGUAUCCGUAAAAUGCGAGACAGCAAUAGCACCUUAAUCCUCAAACUGGCAUGGGGUUUAAUCUCAGAUAAUGACAGUUUAUGGUGUAAAGUCCUGAAAGCAAAGUAUGGGCUUGCUGAAGGAGCCAUCCCGGAUGAUAUUUCCAGGAAUCAAAGCACUCACUUAUGGAAACAAAUAGCUCAUCUUUGGAAAGAAGGUCUAAAAGGUUUGGUUUGGACAUUGAGAAAUGGUAGAAAGACUAGAUUUUGGAAAGACAGAUGGACAGCACUUAGAAUAGGGAAAUUGUAUUGAAUUCAUAAUGUGUUGUGCACAAUAUACAGACUAUAUAUAGACAAUAACAAACCC